AACAUUAUGUUACGUAAAUGUAGUUUGAAAUUCUCUACUAAUAUAUUCACAUAAUAAAUUUUAUUAAAUUGGAAAGGUACUUUAAAGCAAACGGAUAUAAAUUAAUUUCAAAAUGAACCUUGACAAUUCGAAACCAAACGUUUUCGUGACUAGACCAGAUUUCCCUGAAGUUGGCAUAAAUAUUUUAAAAGAAAAGUGUUUAAUAACCACUUGGAAUAAUUCUUCGGUUAUUCCAAAAGAAGAACUUUUGAAGCACGUUGUCGGUAAACAAGCAAUAUUUUGUUAUUCGGCUAAUAAAAUUGAUGCAGAAGUAUUAGAAGCUGCUGGACCAUAUUUGAAAGUUAUAGGAACAUUUUCUGUUGGGUGUGAUCAUAUUAACUUAAAGGAAUGUCAAAAACGGGGAAUCAGAGUUGGAUAUACCCCUGAUGUUCUUACAGAUGCCACAGCCGAGCUAACAAUGGCUCUACUAUUAGCAACGACACGCCGUUUAAUUGAAGCCAAUAAACAAGUUUACACAGGGGGCUGGAGUUCAUGGUCACCGAAGUGGAUGUGUGGCCCUGGUUUAAAGGAUUCUGUUAUCGGAAUUUUUGGCUUUGGUAGGAUUGGUCAAGAAGUGGCGAAGCGUUGUGUUCCUUUUAAACCUAAACAAAUCCUUUAUACAAGUCGCACAGAAAAAGAGGUCGCCGAAGAAAUUGGAGCUAAAUAUGUAGAGUUUAAGGUUCUCGUAACUAGUUCAGAUAUCGUAAUAGCUUGCUGUCCUCUUAAUGACGAAACUAGAAACAUCUUCAACAAAAAUGUUUUUACAAAUAUGAAGAAAAGUGUUGUAUUCAUAAAUUCAUCGAGAGGAGGCGUUGUUGACCAGGAAGAUUUAUAUAAUGCUCUGAAAAACGGGAAUAUUUACGCUGCUGGGUUAGAUGUUACAACACCCGAACCUCUUCAGCUAGAUGAUCCAAUAUUGACUCUGCCAAAUAUAGUUAUUUCACCACAUAUUGGAAGUGCCAACAUAGCAACUAGAAAUGACAUGAGCAUUGUAACUGCAAAAAAUAUAGUUUUAGGCCUUCAAGGGCAGGAAAUGAUUUCAGAAGUCAAAUAAUAUUAUAAUACAAAAAUAUUAUACUUUGCGUACAAAAAACUUUAUAAAAUUUUUGCAUGCAAAGUGUUUGCAAUAAUAAUUUUGAACAAAAAUAAGAGAAAAUGAUGACAUUUGCAUUUUCUCAAUAUUUAAAGUUUUUUCAAAUUUUGUAAAGUAAAAUUUAGUGUUUUAAAAUCUUACAGCUGUCGAAACAUACAUUGUACAUACAUACAUAUGUAUGUAUGUUUUUCUUGGUUAUUUUUGAAAAAAAAUUUUCAUCUACAAAAACAUUUUUUUCAAAAUUUUUCAGU